AUGACAAAAGCUAAAACACAUUAUGAGGUAUUGGGAGUAAAAACAAAUGCAACCUACAAUGAAAUAAAGUCAGCGUAUUAUAAAUUAACACUUAAAUAUCAUCCUGAUAAAAACAAAAGCAAAUCUGCUAAAGAAAUGUUCCAUAAAAUUUCCGAAGCAUAUGAUAUACUCAGUAAAUAUGAUACACGUAAACAAUAUGACAGAACUAUUCUAAUUAAACAGGAUCUCGAGUACAAAACUAAACACGAGUACAACUAUAAAAUGAAAUCUGAACAUGUAUCACAAUACACAGACAAAUUACAUACUGCGGGUAAAUCUAUGAAACAAGUUUUUGAUUUUGACAUGUGGUUGGAACAUCAUUAUUCAAAUAUAGCUAGGAAAACUUUUGAACAAAAAAGGAGAUCUAAUAGAGAUCAGAGACAUGUUCAUUCCACGAACACGGAUCAUCGUGUACUAUAUUUUAUAAUAGUAGUGUUCUCAAUUGGAUUUUACAUUAAUAAAUAUGUAGAAAAUUAUAAAUUCGAACAAUUUAUAGCUGAACGAAAGAAAGAAAACAAAUAAAAAUCAUGUAUAUAGAAUUAAUCAUAAUCUAUUUUAAGAAUCUAGUAUAA